AUGAAAAAGCUUACGUUCAACUUCUUUAGUGACGGAUUUAAAGCUGCGAAGGCACUGAAACGGUGUACUGCUAGACGAAUACACUCAGGAGAAAGGCCGUACAAGUGUCAGACAUGUGAUGCUGCUUUCGUUGUGAAAAGCAGUCUACAUACAGUUAUUCACACAGGAGAGAAGGCGUUCAAGUGUGAGACAUGCGCUGCUCAAUUCGCUAUGAAAAUCAGUUUUAAGGCGCAUAUACAAAUACGCAGAGGAGAGAAGCUGUACAAGUGUGAGAUAUGCGAUGCUCAAUUCUCUAUGAAAAGCAGUUUUAAGGCACAUAUACAAAUACACACAGGAGAGAAGCUGUACAAGUGUGAGAGAUGUGAUGCUGAUUUUUCUCGGAAACAUUGUUUACAGACACAUAAAAGUAGUUUACAUAAGCAUAGAAGAAUACACACAGGAGAGAAACCAUACAAGUGUAUGAUAUGUAAUGAUUCUUUCUCUUAUGAAAGUAGUUUACAUGUACACAUUAGAAUACACACAGGGGAUAGGCAAUACAAUGGUGCGAUAUGUGAUGUUGCUUUCUCUCUCAAAAGUGAUUAA